UUAAUUUAUAUACUAUACAUACACACACACAGAGAGACACUCUUGUUUGUGCUCGUGGGUAUAACAAUAGCAAGUCUGCACCAGCAGCCAUGGCCAAGCAGUUUCUUGUCCUCGCCGUCCUAUUCGUGGCCUGCAAAAUAGCUGCGGCCACAACAGUGUACGAUGUUUUGGAGCAGAACAAUUUACCACGGGGCCUUUUACCGCUUGGCGUCAAGUCAUAUGUGCUCCACCCAGACGGUGCUUUGGAGGUGACACUCCCUAAGGAGUGCAACUUCUUUAUCACAGUGGGUGGAACGAAAUUACAGUUUCGGUACGGCACCAGCGUCAACGGCAUCAUCAAGUCCGGCUCCAUCAGCCGUGUGUCCGGGGUGAGGUUUCAGGUGAAGUUCGCGUGGCUCGGCAUCAAUCAGGUCAGUCACACAGGGAAUCAGAUCAAUCUUCAGGUCGAGAGGUCCACAAAGUCUUUCCCUGCCAGCGCUUUCUCACAGAGCCCCAGCUGCAACUGAUGAGUCUCCCAUUUGCGAAGCAGCUACCAUGUGUGCUGCUUGGUGCUAAGCACAUGCAUAGUCUUGUUCAUCCUAGCUUCUUGUGUUUCUUGGGCUCAUAUGCCUGCCUAUAUGAAGUCAUUAUGAUAAUAAUAAUUUGAGAGU